AUGGGUAGCUCUCUUGCUGUAUUUGGAUUAUACCAAUUAGUAGAACCAGAUGAUGAUGAGAUACACAGGACAAAAGAUAUUGAGGAUGCACUAAAUGCUCAAAUACCACAGCACCUCGACGACAAAAAAAAAGAGAAUGUAGAGUCUCUUGAUGUGUUGCUAAGGGAUAUAUGCAACCCGAAAUUGUUGUUUGGUGGCAAAACUGUUGUAUUUGGGGGAGAUUUCAGGCAAGUUUUUCCUGUUGUGCCACGGAAAACCCAACGAGAAGCAGUUGUAGCCAGCUUAGUUUGUUCUAAUUUGUGGCCAAAGAUAAUGAAAUUCAAGCUAACAGAAAAUAUCCGAGCUAGGAAUGAUCCAAAAUAUGCUUCUUUUUUAUUGGCUCUUAGAAACGCUGCUUUUCCAGAAAUGGAUAUACCCCCGUUUAAUGAAGAUAUUUUUACAACAAGAGCUAUAAUAACACCAAUGAAUGAAGAUGUGGAUGCUAUAAAUGCAGUGUUGAUUGAUAAAUUUCCAGGAGAAGCAGCCUGUGCAAUGGAACAUGACUAUUAUGCAAGUGCUUCUUUCCUAAUCUCAUUGAGUCGAAAACAGAUUCCCUUGAAGCUUAGUUUUGCAAUGACAAUUAACAAAGAACAAGGACAAACACUUAGUAAGUUGUACGCUGCAGUUUCGCGGGCUCAACAGUCAGCUAAUGUUAGUGUAGUCACUGAACCACAUGAUGAUCAACAACAUUCUAGCGAGGUUAAAAAUGUCAUAUCUUAUGACAUAUUCUCAUAA